AUGGACGAGUUACGAAACUGUGCGACGCAAAAACGCCGGCAACACGCGGCUAUAAACGUUACCUGUAAACGAUCGUCGGCGGCGGCGGCAAGUCGACGACUGAACGAAAGGUCUGGCUCGCACCGCUUCGCAGACCGCGGACGGCCGGCCGGCCCCCGGAUCGCACACACGCCGCCGCGCACGUCCCUGCCUCCUCCCGCCGCCAAGGCAGCAGCUGACGUCCCGGGUAGGUGCGUGGUCGCCGCGGUCGUGGUCGGCAGUUACCCCUUACCGUGGUCCCGUGGGAUAAUUGGACGCGUACCAACACAUAAUAUACCUUACGCGUUAUGUGCGGCUGCCGGUCGGGGAGCGAUUUUCCCACGUGGAGUCUGCGGGUUUUUCGCCGACAGUCCGCGACGACGUGCGGCGUUUCACCGCAAACCUCGAUGCGAUGAUGAUCUUAAUAAUAAUAAUUUUGUAAAUUUGUUUUUCGUCUUUGAAGUUUUCCAGCAGCUACUCGGUGCAUAUGUCAUGUUAAAGUGGUUGUAA